AUGCCCUUGCUGUACGGGGAGGGUAACAAGGCUUUUGUGCGUCUACAAGAGGAAAUCAUUAAGAAGAACAAUGAAGAUGACUCUAUCCUAGCAUGGGGCUUGGAUACUAGGGAACCGAUAUCUUCUGUGAACAAGACAUUUCCAGAAUACACACCUCCUACGCUUGAGGGUGAGAUGCUUGCAAAGUCGCCCUUGGAUUUUAAGAACUGUGUAAAUUUGGCUCGAGCGCCAGUUCCUGGCCCGUUAUUGGCACUUGAUAAUGUUGGCAUCAAUAUUCGACUUCCACUUGUUCUUAUGCAUAUUUCCACGGUAGCGACAACGGCUGAGAAGUUUUGGAUCGGCCUUCUCAGCUGUUCACUGCAGACGAACAAAAGCGCUUGUAUGCUUGGCAUUUUGCUCUCUCCCAAGGACUGGCGUGUGCAACAGACCUCUCCACGCUACAUG